AUGAAGUUGUCGUGCAUCGCAAAAAUGUCGCUGGGGAACUACGCUCAAAGGCACCACCGCAAGCACGGCUUCCUCUUCACCGCCGGGCCCCUGUCCACGUCGCAGACGGUGCGGGAGGCGCAGCUUGACGACUACGGCAGCCGUGACAAGGACUUCCUCACGGCGGUGGCGGAGGUGCGGCGGGGCGUGCUGAAAAUAGCGAGGGCCCCCGAGACGGAAUGGGCGUGCGUGCCGAUGCAGGGUAGUGGCACAAUGGGGGUGGAGGCGGCGAUUAACACCAUCAUUUCGCCCGAUCAACCGGGCGCCUUUAUUGUGCUUCGCAACGGUGCCUACUCCUACCGCAUGGCUGCCAUUGUGAAGAAGCGGGGCGCGGCCGAUCUGGUCGCCUUCGACACGGAGGAGGGGGUGGACAUGGACCUGGCGGCGUUUACGCGCCGGCUCGCUGGAGUGGCGUCGCCGGUCACGGCCGUUGGCAUCGUCCACUGCGAGACGAGCACCGGGAUGUUCAACCCCGUCGCGGAGGUGAGCGGCAUCGUGCGUCGGCACCACCCGGAGGCGAUCAUCCUCGUCGACGCGAUGAGUUCCUUCGGCGCGGUGGAGCUUGCCGUGCCGGAGGUGUGCGACGUCCUGGUGACCUCGGCGAACAAGUGCAUUCAGGGCGUCCCCGGCUUCUCCCUCGUGCUGGCGCGUCGCGCCCUGCUCGAGCGUUGCCGCGGGUGGUCGCCGAGCUUCACCCUCGACGUCGCGGCGCAGUGGGAGGGCCUGGAGAAGAGCGGGGGACAGUUCAACCAGACGCCCCCCGUGCAGGCCCUCGUUGCCUUCCGCCAGGCCCUACGCGAGCACGAGCAGGAGGGCGGGGUCGCGGCGCGGGCAAGGCGCUACAUGGAGAUGAAUCGCUACGUUGUGGACCGCAUGACGAGGGAGUACGGCUUUGAGCUCUUCCUCGACCCCUCGCGGCCGUCCUACGGCUACGUCAUCACCGCCUUUCGCACCCCGCAGGUGCCCAACUGGAGCUUCGGCGAGUUCUAUGAGAGGCUCAAGGAGGAGGGCUUCGUGAUUUACCCCGGAAAGGCUUCGUUUGCCGACACAUUCCGCAUCGGCACACUUGGGGACAUCCACAUGCCGGACUGCGUGGCGCUCAUGGACGCCGUGGGGACUGUCUUGGCGCGCAUGGGGGUGUCGCUCAAAGCCGCGGCCCAGUGA